AGAUGGAUGUACGUCGGCGACGCAAGCAAAGGGCUGACAAUGGUGAGAUUAUUGCUAACCCAUUUGAUUGCAGGUGUGCUGUUGCCCUUCCAAGAGCUGUGGUGAGAGGUACGUUUGCUGGGGCAACAAGAUCUUCAAAAGGUAAAGUGCGCUCUUCUGUUGUUUGCAGUGUUGUGGCAGCUAUGAAACACGUUUGUGUUCCUGUGUGCAAGUGGAAUGAACGGGAUGUGGAUGAGGUACAGGCUGUUGGGAUGAAGAUGAGCGAAACUGUUGAUGAGUACUGGUGGGAAAGUGCAGCAAAACGCAAGCAUUUCUGCAAGGUACUUGAACAGCACAACCUGUUUGGCAGAAUGCAGAGUGUGUAUGUUGGUCAACCAAAGGUGGAUUUGUUUGACAUGAAUGGAGAAAGCAAGUUGUAUGAGGAUUUGCAAACACUGUUGUUGGAAGAUGGCAUGUGUUUGCUGGACAUUAAGGGUUCAACUGUUGUUGUCAUUUGCCACCAACAGUACUUUGUUGUAGUUGAUUGUGACGCAUGCAAUGAGUCUGGAUUGCCAAGUAGGAAUGGCGGGUGUGUUGCUGUGUUCAACACACGCUUUGAUGACCUGAUGCUACAUAUCAAUGAAGUGAGACAAGAGUUGAAAGCGACGACGUACAGACUUAGUACCAUGUCUGUGAAGGCAGAUCAUGUUACAGAUGCCACAGAGAUAGCAACAGUAUGUAUGGACAGCAGCAUUUCAGGCACAGCAAAUGAUGUGCCAGUUGAGCCAUUUGGUGCUCCAGUGUUUAUAUGA